AUGCAGUUCUCCAACACCCUCAUCGCCCUCCUCGCCUCCGCCGGCACCGUGGCCGCCAACACCGUCACCUUCCUCUCCCAGGACAGCGUCGGCCGCACCAUCAUCUUCACCCCCAACGCGGGCUACCCGUCCCUCGACAAGAUCUACGUCGACGGGCACAGCAGCGCGGUGGCCUUCCAGGGCUGGAACGGGCUCACGUACUUUGACGUGUCGGCCAUCAUCAACGCCAACGACCACGUCGGCGUCAAGGAGAUGUGGCCCAAGAGCUCGGCCUCGCCCACCUCGGGCUGCAAGACUUUCCCCUGCAACAACGCCUACUACCUGCCCGACGAUGUCCAGACCAAGACUACCUCGGAGACGGACCUCGUCUGCACGCUGGGCGGGUCGGGAUCGAGCAAGAGGGAGGAGGGAGAGAAUGUCAAGCGCGACUAUGUGCUCGGCAAGUGGUAA